UCACACCGGAAGUCCACGUCAGUCCUCAGAAAGGGAGACGAAGUUAACCCGGACCUGCGCGACCCGACCUGGACCCACCUGAACCCGACCCAGUCCGAUCCUGACCCGCUCCGACCCGACACGUCUCUUCCGGACUCAUGGAGGAGGCCACGCGCAGGGCCGCGUCACAGAUUCCGCUGCUGAAGACGCACGCGGGGCCGAGGGAGCGCGCCCUGUGGCCGGCGCGCCUGAAGGAGGAGUACCAGGCCCUGAUCCGGUUCGUGGAGCAGAACAAGGCGGCGGACAACGACUGGUUCCGCCUGGAGUCCAACCCGGACGGGACGCGCUGGACCGGAACCUGCUGGUUUAUCCACGAGCUGCUGCGCUACGAGUUCCGACUUGAGUUCGAGAUCCCGGUCACCUACCCGGACACCGCGCCCGAGGUGGCGAUCCCGGACCUGGACGGCAAGACCGCAAAGAUGUACCGGGGCGGCCGGAUCUGCCUCACCGAACACUUCGCGCCGCUCUGGGCUCGCAACGCGCCGCGCUUCGGGCUGGCGCACCUGAUGGCGCUGGGACUGGGACCCUGGUUGGCCGUGGAGGUCCCCGACCUCAUCAGCAAGGGGCUGGUGGUCCAUCAGGAGGGGCAGCGCGAGGCGGCAGCGGCGGAGUGACCGGAGGACCCGGGGGGGACCGGAGAGAGACUGUGGGACUAGAGGGACCUCUGAGUGAGACAUGAAACCAGGACCUGGUCUGGUGUUGACUCCUGUAGAUCUUCAGUAAAGAUUCGGUCUGUGACUGACUGAUGAUUUAUUUUGAUAAUUUAAAUGUUGGAUCAUAAAGUGAAUAAAGAUGAUCAGUCUGGAGGUGAAAUGUUUAUUUGUUUUCAACGACAUAAACAUCAAACUGCUCAGUGCCGCCAUGUUUGUUUACACCUGCAGCUCCUCCGGUAACACGUGAUAAUGCUCUUUAACCCUUUAGCCGUCGGUGGUGUGGUGGUCCAAGGGUCGGAGGUUCGACUCCGGCCUGAGGCUCUUCUAUGUGGAAUUUCCAUGUUUUUCCCGUGUCAUUGUGUGUUCUCUCUAGUUCUCCAGCUUCCUCCCACAGUCCAGAAACAUCCAGCUAGGAUUAAUUGGGGACUCUUAAUUGCCCGUAGGCGUGAAUGAGAGCGUGUUUCUA